AUGAAGUUCAAUUGGUCAACAUCGCUCAUCACCGACACGAGAAUUGGCGAUGCAAAGCCUUUGAGGAAGUCGCCGCGGAAAUCAAUCGCAGUCAUCGACCUCACGCAGGACGAAGAUGCGGAGGAGAAGUUGCAGCAAAGUCCCUCCCACAAGUCCCACGCGCGCACAAACAUAGCCGACCAUGGGAGUCAAGUACACGGGAUCGACGAAGACAACUUGAGGUCUCUCACAUGGGACGAGGUCUGCCCGCCCAGCGACUCCAUCCAGAAGAUUGCCGAAGCGUCGUACGCAGAAGUCUAUCGCGUCAUCAAUGAGCGCGGAACAAGCAUCAUCAAGGUCAUCCGUCUCGAGUCUCCUAUCAAAGCACAGACAAAGGCACAGGUCAAGUCAGGCUUGGUCGAUGAAGAGCCUCGUUCCGCUGUCGACGUGGCGGGUGAGCUGCAAAUCUCGGAGCUUUUGGUGGACAUACCAGGCUUCGUGGUGUACAAGGAGCGCUACAUUGUACGGGGGAAGACGACAAAAGGGUUGCUGGAGACGCAUCGAGCUUUCCAGAAGAAGAUGAAGAGAGAGGAUCCUGGACGGGCCCAGUUUUACCCUUCCCCGAGUCGUUACCUGGAUGGCACCAAGUUUUUGGUGGUGGAGCUGGGUGACGCGGGCAAAGCCCUCGAGGAUUUCGAGCUCACGACUGAAAGCCAGCUUUGGGAUGUUUUCCUGCUGCAGGCCAUUGCGCUGGCGCGGGCGGAAGAUCACGCCAUGUUCGAGCCCUUUGGGUACUCUGGUCUUGAUAUCACCAUCCUCGACUACGGCCUCUCGCGAGCCGAAGACAUGUCAGUGGACUUUGCCAAGCCAGUGGCGUCUGACCUGGAACGAGACUUGAGUCUGUUCACCAGUACCCAUGCGCCGCAGUGCAAGGUGUAUCGCCAAAUGCGUUCGUUCCUACUGAAAGCCGACCGCACUUGUCUGCCACCCGAGGAGCACUGCGUUCCGUAUGCAAAGGGCGUGGAUGGCCCGCUGUCCUGGGAAGUAUACGCGCCGUACACCAAUGUGCUGUGGCUGGCCUAUCUGUACGAGUACUUGAUUAAGAACUUCAAGGGCGAGAGAGCCGAGGUCCUCGCCUUCCGAAGGGCUACCAGGGAGUUUUGGAUCUAUCUGAAUCCUAGAGCAAAGCCCGCCAUGCCCAUGUUCGGCAGCGCCGCCGACAUUGUGUGCUACGCUGUUGAAGCUGGCUGGAUGAGCGAGGACCAGAUCCUAGAGGGUACUUCUGUUGUCGGGAGAGAAGACACCAGCAUCAUUCUAUCGAGGGAGGAUACCGCUGCGGAUGUCGCUGCGGAUGCCGAUCUAUCGACGAGACAAUCGCCCAGGAGACGCACGAGGACGCGGGAACCGUGA